GGCAAAGAGCUACGUGCAGGUAAAAGGAACAAGCGACACAAAACAGAAAACAUUUAUCCUGGCAGAAAGCGAAGCGUGCGAUGGAAACAGACCGUCCGGUGAAACCUUUUCGUGCGGCAGAACCUCAAAGGCGACGCGUUUAAGUCGGUGAAAGAGGAACAACACCUUCAGCUUCUUGGAAGAAAGUGCUGUUGUGUCAACCAUCGCUUGACUCCCGGGGCACGCUUUGUACAGCAAGAAACUUGGACAGCUGCGCGUUUUCAAGCAAGCCAUCAACAAAGAAUGAAAGCAUUCAAACGAGCUCUGGAAGAAGAGCAUCGCCCGGAGCAGGAGCACUCCUCGGCUGUGUCGGACAGUGAUGACGGCUCCCCGCUCGACCUGUCGGGAAGAGGGCUGUUUGGGAAGCGCCGUCGCCGCGGCAACCUGCCCAAGGAGGCGGUGCAGAUUCUGCGGAGCUGGCUGUACGAGCACCGCUUCAACGCCUACCCGUCGGAGCAGGAGAAGCUCAGCCUGUCGGGCCAGACCAACCUUUCUGUGCUGCAGAUAUGUAACUGGUUCAUCAAUGCACGCCGCCGCCUCCUCCCUGACCUACUUCGCAAGGAUGGCAAAGAUCCCACCAAGUUCACCAUCUCCCGCAAGGUUGGUGGUAAAAGUGAAGGCCACUCGUCUAAUGGAGGCGGAGCCAGUUCUCCAGAAAGCAGCUCUUCUACCGGCUCAUCUCAACAACGCCCAUCGGUCAUCCGCUCUGCCCCUACGUUGGACCUCAGUCUUCUUGGGAGCACGGCAACAGCAAUUCUGACAGGAGCAGGGUACCCUGGUAAGGAGGGAUCGGUCCAGGCGUUGAUGAGGCUGGACACGCAAAGACUGCUGAGAGAAGCAGAGGAACAGGGUGCGUGUCUCACCAGCACAGCAAUGGCAGCUAGCCCCACCAGUGGCUUCUUCAACACACCUCCCCCGACUCCCCCCGAGCUCUUCCCUACCCAGGACUUCAGCGACUUGAGGCUCCUGGUCGACGCAGCUCUGCAGAGGGCAGCAGAGCAGGAGAACCUGAAGAGACUCCAGGAGAGCCAGAAGAGACCUACAGAGGCUGUAAAGACUGAACAGGUGGAGGCACAGUGCAGUGCUUACAGCAGUGACAUGGGACCCACGCCGCCUCCAGAGGACAGCCAACAAGUCAUGGAUGCUUCCACGGUGCAGAGUCUGAUGGAGAAGGCUAUGGCUGCUCCAGUGUCAGUUGCAACUCCAGUAAAGGAUCCCGUGCCUCUAUCAUUACCAGCCUCUGUACCAGUCCCAACUACAGUGUUGGUCUCAGCACCCAGACUGUCUCCUCUCACGAUCAAUAAAGUCAUCUGGAGCCCCUUGGAGGAGGACACUGUCAGAGCCUCCAGCCCAAACCAGUCUCCGCUCCUCCCAGCUCAUCUGCCAACCUUAGUGCCAGUGUUAGGACGGCCGAAUUCUCAGAAACCUGCUUCUGCUCCAGCCCCAAGCUCAGUACUGGCCCCACUGCCCACUACAAGUCCUACAAGUGCACCAGCUACAAGGCCAGUCUCAGUGCCGUCACCAGCUCUUCUCCCAGCCACAAGUUCCACAUCUGUCACCGCUCCAAGCCAGGCUUCUUCCCACACUGCAGCCCUUGUUUCAGCUGCUCCUUCUCCAACCAUCACCUCCUUUACAGCCCCCAAAGGAAUCCCACUUUACCUGCCGUUCCACAAAUCCCCCUUAAUCCCAGUCACAGUUCCAUGUCCAUCACCGGUGUCAACCGUGGAGUCAUCUCCAGCCCCUGUACACACCCCAGUCUUUGCCUCUGCCCAAACUCCAGCUCCUCUCCCCGCCUCAACCCCAACAUCCUCCUCUACACCAACAAGUACACCUCUUCCGGGAUUGGCUUCCCACCUCACUACUCCUCCUCUUCAGCCCUCCACAAGCAGCAGCAGUAUUAGUAGUAGUGCGCAGAGGAAUUCAGCAGUGGUUCCCAGUGUUUGGAGCAUGGUCCAUACUGAUACCAGGCAACCCAGUUCUCUUCAAGUGGACUUCAAGACCCCCAUCACCACAGUGUGGGGCCCGCAGCACAGCCUGCAUGCAGUGAGUGAAACUGUUAACUAGUAGCUGGAAGUUGGCCCCUUUUUAAAAAAAUAAAAAAUAAAAAAUUUAUAUAUAUCUGGGGAGGAGAGAGGCCAAACAUUCCCUUUGGCUGGACAACACUGUAUAUAGGAGAAUGUAUCGUCAUCAGCAGUCCCUUGUUUGUCAUUUAAAGCAUGUGCCUGCAGAAUACAGGGAAUGAAAUGUGUGAGCUGGGACAAACACGAGGGGUUACAGAGACUUGCUGUUUCAAGCAACUUUUUAUUGUUUAAAUAUGCGGUUCUUGAUGGAGGCACCUGCUGGUGAGAACACUUUGAUGCCAUUCCUCGAAAUGAAUUCCUCAGUGCUGAGUAUUGUACAACGCUUUCCACAUUACGGUUUAUGAA